AUGGUCAUGAUCCUGGCGGUCCGCGCCGUCACCCUGCCCGGUGCCGAGCAAGGCUUGGCCUUUUUGUUCACCCCGGAUUGGUCCCAGCUGGCGUCGCCGAGGAUUUGGCUCGAGGCGCUGACCCAAAACGCUUGGGAUACCGGUGCCGGCUGGGGCUUGAUCCUCACCUACGCCAUCUAUAUGCGUGCCCGUGAGGACGUCUCCCUCAACGCUUUCUUGAUCGGCUUCGGCAACAACUCCAUGUCGCUGCUGGCCGGUAUCAUGGUGCUUUGCACGGUUUUUGCCAUCAAUCCCCAGGCCCAGAGCGAGAUCGUCGGCGCGGGCAACGAGGGUUUGACCUUCAUUUGGAUGCCACAGCUUUUCGCCGCCAUGCCCGGUGGCGCGAUCUUCAUGGUCUUGUUUUUCGCCGCGCUCUCCUUUGCGGCCAUGACCAGCCUGAUCGCCAUGCUCGAGCUGGCGACCCGCAUCCUGAUCGACGCGGGGUGGAAGCGGAAGCAAUCGAUCCUGAUCGUCGGAGKCGCGGGAAUCGUUUUUGGCGCGCCCUCGGCUCUAAAGAUGGAGAUCUUCCAGAAUCAAGAUUGGGUUUGGGGUGUCGGUCUGAUGCUCUCGGGUCUCUUCUUCGCCCUGGCAGCGCGAAAAUUCGGUCUCGAGCGCCUGCGCCGAGAGGUGGUCAACGGCGACGGCUGUGACUUGCCGAUCGGCCGCUGGUGGGUCUUCAUGGUCGGCAUCCUGGUGCCCGUGGAAGCGGUGGUUUUGCUGGUUUGGUGGUUGCGGGAUUUGGGACCCGGUUGGUGGGAGCCUUUCGCGACCUUCAGUGUCGGCACCGUAUUGGCGCAAUGGGCGGUCGCCCUGGUGGUGCUGCUGGUGCUCAAUCGCUGGUUGGCGGCGAACAGCUCGGCCGGUAACGACCUAACCCAACAAGGGGAAGCACAAUGA